GGAAAAAAAAAUUGGCGUUUGUUUACACGUGGGUAUCUCUACCCUUUCCUAUCUCUGUUUCGAAUGGGGGGGGGGAGAAAAGGACAAGGCCGUGACGUCAUAUCUCGUCGCCUGGCGCAUGCGCGGGAGCGGGCAGUCCCGAGUGAUGGGAACCGGCGUCUGGUGAGUUGAGCUGGGUGCCGCUUCCGAACCGUCCCAUGGCGGAAGGAAGGCCUGGAGGUGCCCCCGGAGGCAGGCCGAGCCCAGCAGAACCCCCCUGCAACGCUUCCGGCCCAGCCUAUUUCACAGGUUUCCUUUCUUUCAGCUGAUUCCAAAGACAUCAUGCCAAUCAACUGCGUAGCCCUCAGUUUCACAAAUAAAGCAAUACUUGCUCCUAUGGUGCGAGUUGGGACCCUGCCGAUGAGACUCCUGGCUUUGGAUUAUGGUGCUGAUAUUGUAUAUUGUGAGGAGCUGAUUGACAUAAAGAUGCUUCAGUGCAAAAGAGUUGUAAAUGACAUCCUUGGAACUGUGGACUUUGUUGCCCCCAACGAAAGAGUGGUGUUCAGGACAUGUGAAAGAGAAAAGGACCGGGUUGUCUUUCAAAUGGGCACAGCUGAUGCUGAGAGAGCCUUGGCGGUAGCCAAACUUGUAGAGAAUGAUGUUGCUGGCAUUGAUGUGAACAUGGGAUGCCCCAAGGAGUAUUCCACAAAGGGAGGAAUGGGAGCCGCGCUUUUGUCUGAUCUGAACAGAAUAGAAUCUAUUCUGACUACGCUCGUCAAUGGUGUAUCUAAGCCAGUAACUUGUAAAAUCCGAAUUUUGUCAUCGGAAGAAAAAACGCUAAGAUUGGUGAAGAGGAUAGAGCAGGCUGGAGUUGCUGCAAUUGCCGUUCAUGGAAGGAAGAAAGAAGAGAGGCCUCAGCACCCUGUCCACUACAACGUGGUCAAAGCCAUCUCCGAGGCAGUUUCCAUCCCAGUAAUAGCCAAUGGAGGAUCCCAUGAUUUCAUCAAAGAAUAUUCUGACCUUCAGAUCUUCCAGGAAGCAACCUCGGCAUCUUCUGUGAUGGUGGCCCGGGCCGCCAUGUGGAACCCCUCAGUCUUCAGGAAGGAAGGACUUUUGCCUCUGAAGGACGUCAUGCAGGAAUAUAUCAAAUAUGCAGUGAGAUACGAUAAUCAUUAUACCAACACAAAGUAUUGCUUGUGCCAGAUGUUAAGGGAGCAAUUAGAAAACGCACAAGGAAAGAAGCUGCAUGCCGCACAGUCCUUGCAGGAAAUCUGUGAGGUUUUCGAGAUGGGUACCUUCUUCCAAGAAGCAUCUGAUUUACUGGAGAAGAAAAAAGUUUCGCUACAAGUGAAGAGCCCAAAUAAUGAUGAUCGCACUGAAGACACAGAUGUCAUCAAAAUGGCGGUUAAGUUUGAUAAGGAAAAAUCCAAGAAACUAGCAGAACAAGCGGCCGCUAUCGCCUGUUUAAGAACUCUGGGCCUCCCCGAAGGCAAACGCAACGAAAGCCCCAAUCACACCUUGCUUAACAAGCGCAAGAGGCAAGAUCAGGAACUUUCGAACUGUGAUGAACACACAGACAGCUUUGCCGUCGAUGCUGUUUGCAAAAAAGCACAUUUUCUUCCCAAAGAAUCCCUUUGCCACAGUUCCUAAUGACCACACUACGCUCACUGGUGUUUUGCAACUAUGCAGCUCCCCGUUUCCACCCAAAUUCUCUGCCCUUUAUUUUUUUUUCUUGGAGGCAAUCAGGUGGAACAGGUAAAUUUGAAUUUUGAUCCAUGUCUCCUGGGGAUCUCCAGGGAAUCUCGUACCAUUUUUUAUUUUGCACCUUUUAAUUGGGAGAAUUAAUGCUUUUUGAGCCAACCUUUUCCGUCUCUGGGAGUCACAGAGCAGGCAUUCCUCAAAUUCUUUUAUUUCAAUUGUCUGCCCUCUCUCAAGAUCAUUCAUACCUUGCAAGAUACCGGCUCUCUUCACUCAAGCAUCUCAUGUUCUUCGGCCAAAAUCUCACGACAUACCUGAGGAUUCAAGAUCUUUUAAAUUUUAAUGGUGAUAGAUUGCACACACAGCAGGAUUGGGGAGCGGGGGGGGGGGGGGGUCACCCUCGUGGUGCCUGCAAAUGCCACACUGCUGACUUUGUCUAGGGCAGGGGAGUGCAAUCUUGGCAACUUUAAGACUUGUGGACUUCUGGCUGGCUGGGGAAUUCUGGGAGCUGAAUAUUGAGAAUGGAAGAUGGAAUUCUGAACCGUUCUGAUUGGGGCUUAUUUCAGAAUGUAAUAUUUCAUUUGCAGCCGAUUCUUUUCCAGGGGAAGAAAUGGAGGAAUAGCAGCAAACAAAACGUACAGCUUGUUUAAUGUCAGUUUCCCCUAAUGCUAUUUUUUUUUUUUACAAUAUUUUUUUUUGUCUCCAAAAUUAAAAUACAAAAUAGUGGAGGGGGGGACAAAAAAAAAGCCCCCAAACAUCCACUACAGACAGAGCAGUGAAAUAAUAGUAAUAAAAACGCAUGUACAAAAAGUAACAGAUGACAACUAUAUCAUUAACAUUAAGUCUAAAAUGUGUCCAUCCUGGUAGAAUGCUGAGAAAUAUAUCUAAAAUUAGCAUAAAGUGCUAAUUUUACCUUAAGGAGAGCGGGUGACCAGACUGGAUUUGGAAACCUUGCGCCAUUCAUUUGUCCUUACGCUUGGCAGAGCAUGGUUUUAAAUAACAUGGAAGCAUGACUCUUGGAAUCUGCAUUACAAAUAGCGCCCCUUUAUGAAGCCUGUAAGUCACAAUUCAAAGGCAUUUGCCACCCUAAGCUCUGGUUCAAGCCCUUUUUGCUUUGAUUUAAAUCUGAACCAAGAUUAAGAGAAUAAAAGGAAUGGCCCAAAUCUGAUUUAUUCCAAUGAGCAUAUGUCUUUUUCUUCUGGCAGACGUUCCUUUAAUGCAGGGGUCGCCAACCUUUUGGACCUCACCAAAGUCAUAAUUUUAAAUCCCGCAGACCAGAGACCCUGGGAAAAUCCCCCCAAAAAUCU